UUGAAUUUCUUGUUCUCGUUUGAAAGUCGUGUUUGUUGCAAGGAAUAUACUCUCUAUUGUUGAUUUGCAAUUACUUUCGUUUCGAGACUACACCAAUUUUAUUCGUACAUUAUUAAAAUUUCAAAUAUUUAUUUGAAAUUGGUAUUAAAAAAAAUUAUUACUAAUUUCCUAUAAUAAUAUAGUGUAGUGAUAAGCAAGACAGAAGUGGAUGCGUAUAAUAUAAUACUUUGAUAACAUUCAUGGACCCUUUAAUCUUCUGAAUGACGUAGAUCUUUGUGAAGUGUACCUGCAGAAGAAUACGCUAAUGGUCUUCAUAAACACAGUUUCAAAAAAUCAAAAUAAAAUAUGGAGUGGGUUCUCCGAAGUCCCCAAAUUCAUAACACUUUCAGCAACCUUGGAUUUCCACUUCCAGAUGGAGGGUAUCACAUAAACGAAAAUUGCAACUCUGCUUUAGAGUCAAUUUUUCAAAACCUUACCACAGAAGAUAAACACUUGCGAACAUAUCGCAGAAGUAUCAGCUUUGGACAAAAUAUUAAAAAAGACCUUAUACCUCUGUUAAUCAACACAAAAGAUGAUAAAACAGUAGAGCUGUUAAUUAAGAUAUUCGUCAAUUUAACCAUUCCGGUAGAAUGCUUACUGUCUUUAGAUUCAGUUUCAAGGAGCGAUAUAGGGAGGCAUACUAUAUUUGAAAUAAAUAAUUUGCUCUCUGCGACAAAAAUCGCACUUACUGAUCACCGUGUCACCAAAGUUAUUAUUGAAUUUUUAAAGAAGAAUUCCGAAAAUGAACAAAAGGGGAAGCUGUCUACGGAACAGUGUACAAAUAUAAGCAACACCCUUUUAAUUCUGCGUAACAUACUACAUAUACCAGAAGAUGUCAAUUGCCACAGUCCGACAUAUAGUGGUCCACCCCAUACUAUUCAAAAUCAGUUAUUAUGGAAUCUGUUUAGUCAGAGUAUUGACAAAGUACUCAUAAAAUUGAUGACCAUUCCUGAUGCGAUAAACUGGGGAGUGACAAUGGUGCAAUUAAUCGCCCUCUUGUACAAGGACCAGCAUGUGACCACCUUGCACAAGCUGCUCAAUAUGUGGCUCGAAGCAUCGCUCUCGGAAAGCUCUGAAGACAACGAGAGUAACACGUCGCCACCAAAUAGGGGUAGUGAUGAUUCCUCACCUAUGUUAACGUCCGAUCCAACAUCGGACUCAUCCGACACGGGGGCCAGCGGGAAGUGCAACGGGGAGCCCAACUCUGUCAAUAAUGGCUGGGACGACUCCUCCAGGAACAGUGGCAGUGAAAAACAAAACUUUCAGCCUCAAAACACGAACAACGUGCCUAACGACUCUUGUGAGAGCGAUCGCAGUAACUUCGUUGAUAAUCGUGACAAUUCUUGUAAGAAAGAAAAUAAUUACAUGAAAGAUGGGACAAAUACAAAAAAUGUUACGAAAAAUAAUGAAAAGAAAACAGUUAUUUCGGAAAAUUCCGACUGUGGUUAUGGAACACAGAUCGAAAACCAAGAAUCUAUAUCGACUUCUAGCAACGAAGACGAAUUACCAGCGAAAAAGCCUGUUCACCAAAAACCGCAUACAUCCAAACAGAGAAUAAAUAACAAGGUUCGACCAAGUGUGACUCUUCAGGAACGUAAAAGAAAAAAAAUCGUAAAGAGGGGUAAAGCAAACAUAAUAAACGUGCAAGGUUUAUCACACAACACGCCAACCGAUGACGAUAUAUCUAACGUAUUGAAAGAAUUCACCGUCGAUUUUCUUUUGAAAGGUUACAACUCGUUAGUUCGAACUCUACAUUCACAAAUCCUCACGAAUGUACAGCUAGAAAUUGACACUUCACACUUUUUUUGGCUCGUGACCUAUUUCCUGAAGUUUGCCACUCAGAUUGAGUUGGAUUUAGAACAUGUCUGCUGUGUGUUGUCCUUUGAGAUCAUGUCAUAUUUAACCGCGGAAGGAGUGAACUUGUGUGAGCAAUUUGAACUAGCUAUCAAGUUGGACGGAAACGAUUUAAAGCCAAGUAUAAGGAGACUUCACCUGGUUGUAACAGCUAUCCGAGAAUUCGUUCAAGCAAUUGAAGUGUACAAGAAAUCAGCGCAUAUUUGUAACAACGACAAAGACGAGCUUGAUAAGUUGCAAGUUAAAAUGUGUGAAACAGAUGAAUUGCGUUCGCUUUUAGUGCUGCUUUUGAGGUACUAUAACCCGAAGUAUCAAUCCAAGCAGUACCUGCAGGAUCUGGUCGUGACUAAUCAUAUUCUUCUGAUGUUUAUGGACAACGUCAUGAAAUUGCCCGAUUACAAAGGCACUGGCACUAUGGUUGACCAUAUAAGACAAUUUUGCUCCCCAGAAAUAAUGUAUCAAUACGGUCUACUCUUAGAGGAUUACGAGGGAAACGGUGAAUUCGUGAAUGACUGCGUAUUUACACUGAUGCAUCACGUUGGCGGCGAGCUGGGAAGCUUAAUUUCACUGUUCCAGCCGAAAAUCUUGAAGACAUUCACAUUAAUUUGGAAGUCGGAGUUCGAAAUAUGUGACGAUUGGUCAGAUCUAAUAGAGUAUGUAAUAAACACAUUCAUAAAGAAGCCAUACAAGCUACAAAGUUCAGUACAAGUCCGCUUGGACGCGGAGAUGUUUGAUAACGAUACGAGGUUGAAAGAAAUACUAAUGUCUGCUGAAAACACGGAGGAAUUCAUGCCAGAAAAAUUGUUACCGCAAGAAGAAAAAUCGGUCCAACCCAAUAAUUCUGCUGGUUGGACCGAAGAUGAGCUAUCAUCACUGAGUUGGAAUUUCUUGCAAUGCAACGAUUUACCAGAUGUGAUCGGGGAAAUGGUGAAGAUGUUCAAAGACGACGGAAUUAUAAAGACCCGCGAGUCGGUCGUUAAAGAACUUUAUAAUCAGUUCAUCAUAAACAAAGAACAGUUUGACAAACUUUCAAAAAAGGAGUCAGAAAAAGCUUCCAAGACCAUAGUACAAGAAAUUAAGGAAACUCGGGAGAAUGAAAUUGGCAAGCUGUGUGAGCAACUACUACAGGAUGGGAAAUCUAAAUUUUUAGACUGGGUUCAAAAUGUUCUUUUAGAAUGUUGCUCUGCCAAAAUAUAUUUGGAGAAGAAGACUUCGGAAACACUUUGUUACUCAACCUUUCCUGAAAAUGGACAGCCAUUUGAGAAUUUUUCACAAAAACCUAAAGAUUUGCCAGUUAUAUCACCGGUAUCCUAUCAUUCAUUACUUCUGAACCACUCUGUGCCACUCGUGCCAUGGAACUGCCAGCAAGCCUCCAUUUGCAAAGAUUUGAAGUUUUUGCAACUUUUGCACAAGCUUGGAUUUCAUAUGCCAGUGGAUACUGGAAAGGUUUUUAUAAGAAUACCACAUUUUUGGACACCCGAUUUUCUGUAUGAAGUAGCGGGCAAAAUUUCACCUAUUGAUAUUUCAAAACUAAGAUUUUCCCUGAAAGACAUCUCUCAAAGCAGCAUUCUGAAUUCGGCUCAAACUAGCAGUCUUAUUUUGCCAGAGCUCUCGAAGGGCAAUGUGCUGCCACCGAUAUCUGAUAACUUCUACCAGAUUCACAACAAAAAACAAAAUCACCUCGCAUCAAUUGUCAACUUUACGCCCAUGCCUGGCUCUUCUUUCACAACUACAGAUGACAACGUGACCAAGCCCAGCUGGUUAGAAGUUGUACAAAAAUCACAAGAAUACAAAAUCACUUUGGAUUUAGGAAAGUCAAUAAUCGCGGAGGAUGAGGACGAGGUGAUGAAGCUGGAGGAAGAGUCAGUGCGUGUGUCGCUAGAGGCGGUGCCGCCCGUGCGCAUAGCCACCGUCUUGAGCGGCAAGCAGGAGCCCGCCGGCUUCAGCGGGCAGGCCGAGUCCGACUAUUGCAAUAAUAGCGUCUGCGAGACGGCGUCGGUCGCGUCGGACCUCACACGCAUGUACGUGUCGGACGAGGACGAGAAGCCCGAGCCGCUGCGCGCCGACCGCGCGCCGCUCGUCGCCGCGCCCGACGCGCACGACCCGCACCACGCCGCAGACGCGCACAGCUCCAGCGACAUGGAAAACUUCGUCGCCGGAAAACGACCCCGCGUUCAGUUUUUACCUCAUUUUAAAACCUACUGUGGCUCAUAAUCCUAUGCGAUACGCACUUUUGAAUAAAAGGGACGGUGAGCUAGUUAAUAAGUUAUAGCCGAGUUUUGUUUAUAUCCACUCUCUUGAGAUCCAGAGACUUAUUCGUUCGAUUACGUAAAUCGCUGAAAAACUUGAGGUCCUAUAACCACAGCGACGUUAACUUUAAGAGAAGCUUCUCUAGCGCGCUCAAACGUAGUUUGGUUUUCAUUUCACACAAACGUAGUUUGGUUUUCAUUUGAAUAUUAACCAAAUGAAACUCAAUGAAGUUUUGUAGGCAUGUUCUAGAAACUAAUAUCUGUAUCUGUGAUUUGUCAAUUUUCAUAAAAAUAUCUACUUUUAAAGAUACACGUGUGAAGUAGUUGUGUCUAUACACAUGUCACUUUUGAACUAAGUAUUUUAACGGAAUACUUGCAAACCGCAGGCACAUAUUAGUUCCUAGAACUUGUCCACUAAACAUUGAGUUUGAUCGGUUGAUAUUAAAUGAGAGCUGAAAUACGUUUGUAUGAAACGCGCUACGAAUAAACUGCUCUUAAGUGGCUCGAUUAACCGUCUUAAAUCACUCGGGACCUGCUGGACUGACAUCGAAAGAAAUUAUACUACAAGUUCCUGUUUGACAAAAGCUUUGUAAAAAUCCAUUUGAUGUCCAAUAGUCC